AUGGACUUUGUAAUUCAGCUACCAAAGUCUCGGCGAGGGAAUACAGCACUACUCUUGUGGCAAUGUGCAUUUACUGGAUUUGUUAUUGCGAAAGCGAUGUCAGAGACAGACGCGUUGACUGUGGCGAAAGUAUUCGAAGAAAGCAUUUAUCGACGAUUUGAGGCUCCAUCUCUCAUACGACAUGACCGCGAUCCACGGUUCAUGAAACUUAUACAAGCGCGAUCUCGAUCAACACUAAGUUAUCGUCCUCAAGCUAAUGGUCAGCAGGAGCGGUCGGUGAAGACGGUGACGCAGACAGUAAACGUUUACGUGGAAGGCCCACUCCAGCAAGACUGGGACGAGAUUGCUGAACGACUUGUAUGUGAGAUCAACAAUUCGCACGAUAUGACUCGCAAGGAGACGCCAUUCUAUCUUGUACACGGUUGGGAUGCUCAUACAACCUUACGAGCAAUGACGACGUCGCGAGGAGUCGGGAAACAGACUGAGGCAUUGGCAUGGCGACGAGAGAUCAAUCGUCAACAUCAAAUUGCCCUGGAAAUGGCGAAAGAAUACCAAGCGACAGAAAAAGCAAGACGUACACAGAUUCAUAAUGACAAGCUAAGUCGAAAGGAGCAUGCAACA